UGGUACUCCCAGCCUGAAACUAAUCUUCCCCGGUAAGCAUACAUUUAUACCCAUAUCCUGGCGGAAGUCCGCUUCUCGGAUUGUUUUUCCACGGCUUCAUUGCGUCAUCAGGAAGCGCCGCUCUCUCCCGGCUUGUGUGUGUGACGCGGGCGGCCUCCGUGUGUUUAUCCUGGAUGUAGGGGCUGAGCGGGCAGAGGAGUCCGUACCGGGGAUGGAUGGGAUCGGGGAAGAGAGCAGCCCCAGGAAUCCCCUAGCACUGCCCUGGGAUCGCUUCUCCGCUUGGCUGCACGCCAUUUGUGUGGUGGGCUUCGAUCUGGAGCUGGGGCAGACCGUGGAGGCGCUGUACCCCCCUCAUGCCAAUCUGACAGAUAAAGAGAAAACCAGCAUUUGUUAUCUGUCCUUUCCAGAUUCUAAUUCAGGUUGUCUCGGAGACACACAGUUUUGCUUCAGAUUCCGACAGUCGACUGGAAGGAGGGCCUCCCUGCACUGUGCCAAUGAUCUGACCGACAGGGAAUCCCCGGUUUAUUUGAAGAAAGAUCCAGCCUGUUUCUAUGGUUACGUUUACUUCCGGCAAGUCCGAGACAAGACGUUGAAAAGAGGCUAUUUUCAAAAGUCCUUGGUUCUGAUCAGCAAGCUCCCGUACAUCAAUUUCUUCCACACCGUACUGAAGCAACUUGCCCCAGAGUACUUUGAGAGGAGUGAGCCUUGCUUGGAAGCAGCCUGCAGUGACAUCGACCGAUGGCCGUCUCCUGUGCCAGGGAAAACCCUGACGCUGCCAAUUAUGGGGGUUGUAAUAAAGGUGCGGAUCCCUACCCGAUACGAUAAACCAGGAACAACCCAGAUGGUAGAGCUCAGCCAGCAGGUGAAUGAAGUAGAAAGAUUUCAAUCAGAAGCACAGAUUUCUGUUACGUUACCGACCAUCCAUGAAGUUGAUCUUUUCAGGUGUUUUUCGCCAGUUCUCUUCCAUAUUCAGAUGGUUUGGGAGCUGGUGCUUUUGGGAGAGCCCCUUGUGGUUAUGGCUCCAUCACCAUCCCAGUCAUCGGAGACCGUUUUAGCUCUUGUUGGGUGUAUCUCCCCCCUGAAAUACUGCAGUGACUUCCGCCCUUACUUCACCAUCCACGACACAGAGUUUAAAGAGUAUACCACGCGUACGCAGGCGCCACCAUCUGUCAUCUUCGGUGUCACAAACCCGUUCUUUGCCAAGACGUUACAGCACUGGCCUCAUAUCAUCCGCAUUGGAGACGUCAAGCUUGCAGGGGACGUCCCUAAGCAAGUCAAAGUGAAGAAGUUGAAAAACCUCAAAACCUUGGAUUCCAAACCUGGGGUGUAUAGUUCCUACAAACCUUACCUGAACCGAGACGAGGAGAUCAUCAAACAGCUACAGAAGGGAGUCCAGCAGAGGAGACCGACGGAGGCUCAGAACGCAAUCCUACGGCGACAUUUCCUUGAGCUGACGCAGAGCUUUAUCAUUCCUUUAGAGAGAUACGUUGCAGGGUUAAUGCCGCUGCUGAAGAGUGUUUGUGCAUGGAAGAGCCCCCCCCAGCUCAAACCCUUCAGCCAGGAGGAGUUCAUGAAAUCACUGGAAAGAGCUGGGCCGCAGCUGACUUCAGCGUUAAAGGGGGACUGGAUCGGCCUCUACAGGCAUUUCUUGCGGUCCCCCAACUUUGACGGCUGGUUCCGAAUGCGCAGAAAAGAGAUGAUGCAGAAGCUGGAGGCGCUACAUUUGGAAGCACUUUGCAAUGAGGACUUGCUCAUGUGGGUGCAGAAACACACGGAAGUUGAAGCUGUGGAUUUGGUUUUAAAACUGAAGAAUAAACUGGCACAGGCCCAGAGGGAGGAGCUUCCCGUGAAGGCGGAGACUCUGGAGAAGCUGCGGAACCACGUGUGUGCGAUUAUCGAUGAACUCCCAGAGGAUCUGCAGGGAAUCCUUCUAAAGACUGCGCACUCCUGAUCCCUAGUGAUAGGGCACCUAGAAAGGACUUCCAGGGGCCCCACCAGCGCCCCUCUCUCUUGUUCUCUCCCAGACAGACCUUGCCAGUGGGGGGGCAGCUGGCACCGACGUGGUUCAUAAGGGACCGAGAAACGAAGAUACUAAUUCCCCAAAGGAGCAGCAGCAAUAGUAAAUGUACUUUAUUAACUUGCGCCACUUUUAACACGGACAGCGGAACUGGUCCUGUCAGAAUAACAGUCGUACCUGCAACGCAUAGUAACGGUGUUGCCGGGCUAAUGUUCAUGGUUCUGUAGGCAGGGCUGGGGGUAAGACUACUUCAAAAAGUGGCCCCUAGGUUUGGAUUGAAUGAUAUUAUGUCCAUGGCACAUAUGCCAGGCUGAAGCAUAAUAAUGAAUGUGGAUUAAGUUGCCUCAAAUAAUCCCCCUCCUUAAAGGGCCAGUGCACAGGAUUGUAAGCUGUGCGCUCACUGUGCUGGGACUUCUUUGUAUUUGCCCCAAGUGACAGAAACCCUUAUGUGCAGGGAGGGUAAGACUCGCAUGAUUGGCUCGCUAAGAUCCCCAUGAGUGCAGCCAGUUGGUAUGACCCUCCUGCCAUUUUUAGAAAAAUCACUUUGCCCCCCCCCCUUCAUCUAAUUCUCCCCCAAAUAAUGACACUUGUGGUUUAAUAACACAAAAAAUAAUCAAUUUUAUGAAAUAUUCAAGCAUAAAGCACACAUGCCUUUGCCUUAGUGAGUAGUGGGGAGGGGGGGGGCCGAUCUUGUUGCACUGCAACUCCCAGCACGUCACUGGCACCAAUGGGUUUGUCUGCCUCUCUGUAUUCACAUCAGUUCCAUGGCUGCCCCAGGCCUCUCACCCCCGGGGCCAAUUCAGCUGGGAGAUAGGGGGCAACUGUUUCUCUAAGGACAAGCCUGUGGCCAUUUGUAGCCCAAGGACAUACUGCAAGCAGUGCUGGCACUGCCCCUUUUCUCAGAGAAAUAAUGUUUUAACCUUUCUGCAAAAUUCUUCAUCUGUUCAAACAAAGCUCCACCCUUUGCAGCAGCAACAACCAGGAAAGCAGGGAGUUGUAGUUGAACUACAGUGUGCAUAAACAUGUCUGCGUAUUGGCUGAUAAGGAUUAAAGGAGAAGUUUAGCAACAACCAGGAAAGCAGGGAGUUGUAGUUGAACUACAGUGUGCAUAAACAUGUCUGCGUAUUGGCUGAUAAGGAUUAAAGGAGAAGUUUAGCAACAACCAGGAAAGCAGGGAGUUGUAGUUGAACUACAGUGUGCAUAAACAUGUCUGCGUAUUGGCUGAUAAGGAUUCAAGGGGAAGUUCAUUUUACUAAUAACAAAUGGUGACAUUCUGGGGCAAUUUUUUACUUCUUUCCAGUUCUGUUGUAGUUUUAGACUAAUUUUAUUUUUAUUCUGCUUCUCUCUAACGUGGUUACUAGGGUCAGAUGUGUCUGGCAACCAGAAAGCAGAUUCUUACUGAGAUCAAAUAUUUAAUCUCAUUAUUUAUUUUUCUAUCCAGGCCUUUUCUUUUUUUUUAAAAUUCAUAUUCUUUCAUUCAAAUUUAUGUUACUAGGGUCAGUGGAACCCUAGCAACCAGGUCACUGUUUAAUAUCUAGCUUAGAGAGCUGCAGAACUAAAAUAUCAAAUAUUCCAAAAACUACUAAAAAAAAUAUAUGCGAAGCAGAUUAAUAUCACAAUUUCCAGGGUGGUGUCCUGUCUUUAAAGGGGUUGAGGUAACUUUUAAUAUGAUGUAGAAAGUAAUAUUCUAAAGGCAAUUUGCAAUUGGUCUUCAUUUUUUAUUAUUUGUAGUUUUAGUUGUUUCAGUUCGGCAGCUCUCCAGUUUGGAGUUUCAACAGCUAUCUGGUUGCUAGGGUCCAAAUGACCUUAGCAACCAGGGAGUAGUUUGAAUGAGAGACUGGAAUAUGAAUAGGGGAGGGGCUGAAUAGAAAGAUAAGGAAUAAAAAGUAACAAUAACAAUAAAACUGGAGCCUCACAGAGCAAUAGGGUUUGGCUGCCGGGGUCAGUGACCCCCAUUUGAAAGCUGCAAAGAGUCAGAAGAUGAAAUCAAAUAAUUCAAAAACUAUAACAAAUAAAUAAUGAAGACCAAUUGAAAAGUUGGAGUGUGUGUUGGGGGGAGUGUCCGGGCCAGACAUUUAGCAUGGGGGACUAUUGUAUUAUCAGAAACAUAGGCAGGAAGGCAGUUGCACGUAUGUAAGCCAUUGGGGGAGGUUCGCAUCACUGAAUCAAUGCACUCCCUAUGGGCGGAAGCUGCCAUAUUGCUUGUUCCAGCCGGGGUAUUCUCCUUAGCCUACUGUAGGGAAUGCUGUGGGCAGGUUUUUAUAUUCCUCUUUAUUACAGGUGAGAAUGUAGCGCUGAUAUUGUCAUUACCUGAAAUGGAGCAAGUUAUGGUUUUCUUUUUUUAAUCCAUGUGAAUAGCCUUUAUUACCUUUAAUGUCAUUAUUGCAGGAAAAGGGAUACUUUGCCUUUAAAUAUUCUAGGAGAAAGAAAGUGAGAUGAAAGAGAUCAACCCCAUCCAGUGUCAUUUGUACCCUGCCCCUCUGCUCUCCCAGGGAGAAUCCUUCCAAAAUAAAGGGUAACUUAACCUAGUGCUGAAUUGUAUUGGGAACUGCCUGCAACUGACAUUUUGGGGAGCUUUAGAGAAUAACUGAGACUUUUCUAUCACUAAUUUUCUAUUUUGACACUGACCGUUUGUAUGCCAGCCUGUCGCUCGAUGCAUGGAGUGAAGUGCAAGCUCUUUGGCUAGAAACUGUAAAUAGACGGACUUUCUCCCUGUCGUUGGACUGCUGUCCCAGCCUUCCCUGCAAGUUAAGCACAGGGGCUGCUGGGAGCUGUAGUUGUACAAUAGCCGGAGGGCUAAUAACAUGUGGAUGCAUUAAGCAAUGCCUUGCUGCUCGUUAUUUUUAACAGACUUUUAUUUUUUUAUACUUCUAGGAAAAGUAAAAACAUUGUCGGCUAAAACACUGUAUAACCCGCUACACGCAUGUCCCUCACCCGCCGCUGCGCCGCAUUAACCAAUGGGUAUUUUUCUAAAACUCAACAAUAAAGACCUCACUUCAUAUA